CUUUUCACCACAGGGUGUCACUAAUCCCUGCACACUUGCUGAGUCACAGAAAGAGACUUUGAUGUUUCCUGAAGAUUUCUAGAAUGUCAUAUUUUGUUCUGCCCACUGAAGAUGAGCGGACGUCUUCGCCUGCCUUUCAUGUCAGUACCAGACGAGACCAAAGGUCAGAUGUCCAGGAAGUUCCGAAGGUAUAAGGAGAGAAGAAGACGAUUACGGUGAUGUAAAACUGCAGCAGACCAGAGUAGAGGAUCCUUCAUCUCUGCAGAGCAGUGCUGCCUGAUGGUUCAGGUCCAGGUCAACAUCUUAGAGGAGAAAUGGCACCACUGUUGUCCAAGAGGACACCAGUGUCCAUGUCCACCAUCAGGGUUUCAGCCUCAGCACCGACCCCCACAAACACUCCAGAAAGUUCUACCAAGAUCAGAUAUGUUUGUCUAAAACCCGACGUGGUUCUUCUAGAUGUCAGACACUCACCUGCAAACAUCUCACCAGAGGGGGUCUCCCCUAUCUUUAGCAGAGCUCACAGUAGUCUGGGAGCAGAUGGGGGGAGCAGGUUCUUUGUGAAGGAGGUUCCACCUUUGGCAUCUGACGUUCUCCAUUUGCCUUUAAUCAAGAACCUGCAGCAGGACCAGAAACCAAACUCCAACUGUGGGACCAUCAAAGGAGGCAGAAAUCCUGAGUACAGGGCGGGAGAUGGAGUAUGUCUCGGAUCACUCCCUUUACUCCCCCCUCAGUCUUCCUUCACUUCCCCAGAAGUUCUAGACCUGAAGCAGAAACUUUUUCCCAGGAAUAGAGUGACCAUAGCUCUGGACCAUCACAGUCCUGGGCAGGAACAGAACCAGAUUUUACUGCAGACCGACAACAGAGCAGUCCUCACAGGGUCGAAGACUGACCGUAGUCCAGUAUUCAGACGGUUCCUUAGGAGAACGUCUGCUCACAGUUAUCCACAGACCAAAAGGAAAACCAGAACAGGUUCACCUGGUCCACACGGAGACAGGGACUCCAACCCUGGUCCAACCAAGAAAUGUUUCCUUAAGAAAAAGGCUGACGUAGAUGUCAGUGCCCAGAAGGUCCACCUGGGCCAGGGUCCAACUGGACCUCCAUCAGGAGCAGACCAGACCAGGUCCAGACCAGGUAGACCAGAGUCAAACCAUGAUCAGAGUCCAGGCGCCUGUCCUGAAUGUCCAAAGACACAGUGUCUGACCAGCAGGGGGCGCCAGAGUCCAGGUAGAAACGCAAGGUCAAAGUUUGGUGAAAAUUCCUUCUUCCCAGCUCCUCCUGUUCCUCCUUUUCCCACUCCUCUCCUGGACUCUUCCUUUUCACUAAAACUUAAGUAUUCUCACAGUACAAGGAGUCCAGGCUGCAAUUCCUCCUCCUCCCCAUUCUCUUCCUCUAUAGCAAAACACAAUGUGCUGAUUUUUGUGGAGGACCUGGUCCCUGUGAGACCUUACUCUGAUGAUCUCCAUGGUAAAGAUCUGAGAGAGGAGGAGGGGGUGGGCAGAGGUGAACGGUAUGAUUGUCCAGGCAGGACAGAGGAGGGUCCUGAAGGUGAGGCUGACGACAGCAUUGAGGAGAAAACCCCAGGUAGAGACCAAACAUCCAGGAGGAGCAGGGACUCCACACCUUGCACGCCACCUGGGAAGCAGACCACGGACUGGUCUUCUUCAACCAGAACUUCAGAAGGCAGGACUAACAGAGACAUGGCUGUCCAGACACAGGGCUUCACCAACCAGGAUCCAAACUGGAGUCCUCCAACGGUCUGGUCCUACCUGUCCUACCUGAGUCAGGGAGCUGCAGAACCUCUGAGUGCAGAAAAAGUAGAAGCUCUCCGCAGCGUCCACCCGGCCCUAGCGGUCUUUGUUCUGUGUGAGGUCAUUAAGAACCAGCUGCUCCUGAUGAGAACCAUCUACCAAAGCAACCAGCACCAUCACUCCAGCUCUGUCCAGAGUCUGAGCUCUGAGAAGGUCAAGUCCCCCACACUAAAGGACACCAUGGAGAACAUCAGAGGAGAGAGAACCAAAGUAAGGGUCGAGGACGCUGUGAGGCGUCUGUGUCAGGAGAUGGGACUGGAUCGCUGAUCCAGAACUGGACCACUGAUGAUCCUCCUCAGGAACAAACUAAACGAGGAGACCUCUGCAGAAGAACUGGUACUGAAAUUGAUACCGUUGAUGUUGUUAGAACCUGAAGAACCUUCUUCCAGCUGCUCCUCACGUUGUUCCAUAUCACAGUAAAACAACAGAACCUCACUUUUAUCUGUUACAGUAGCACAAGGAGACUGUUGGUCUCUACACUUCCUACAGGUGGGGCUGUUGCUGGCUGGCCUCCAACUCCCCUACCCCACUUUCCUCCCUAAGCUCAGAACUUCAGACCCAGCUUUACUGUCGCCAACCAGCAUGUGAGGUGAGCAUCAAACCAACAACCUUCUUCCCAUUUUUCUUUUCUUUUUCUCCUUCAUGGUUUACAGCGCCCCCUCUCUGUUACUGAUAAGUUCACACUGAGGCCUGU